AUGGACUGCGAACUCUGUUUUCAAAAGUGCACCUCAAUUGCUCAGGAACUCCGGAUCCCAAGAUCAUGGAUAACUUUCGGACAUACUGUUUGUAACGGUUGUACUCAGAGACUAUUGGAAAAGAAGAAAGUCGUGAAUGACUGUGCUCAUGAACUCACCAAAAAGAUUUCUAAGGUGCUGGUAGACCCUUCAAAUCCUGAUGAUGUGGAUUCUAAAGUUGAGGAGUCUGGAGAUUCCGACACCAAGCCUCAGAAUCUCAUAGACGCCAAGGAACCUAUCUAUGAUGAGGUGCCAGAUGGAGAAUAUCAUCGAUAUGGUUAUGAUGAUAUGACCAUUGAGGAGGAUUCCGAUAGGUAUCCUGACGACGAUGAAGAAAAUAGCCAGUGGGAGGAGACGGAGUCGGAUCACUUUCCAGAGUACUGGCCGGGAGAUUAUGAGAGUGAUGGUGUCUCGAUAAUGAUGUCUAGUGAAGAAGAUCUUUUGCAAGUUUUUGGUGACUACUACAUCGAUGAAGCAUAUCUGUCGGACUCUGAAAAUCGUAUGUACCCUGAUGACAAUAGUGACGGCUACCCAACGUGUGACACUUUACCUGAUCAUUCUUGGUACCAGAUUGAAAAAAGUGAUGAUGAACACGAGAAACCUUGGUUCCCAAUUGAUUUUCCGUCUUGUUUUAUGGGUUUUGAUUGUUCUGAGGGUGACGAGAACAUUCUAUUGAACCAAAGAGAUCUAGGAGAUUUGAACAGUCCUCACUCACAUGGAGCUAAGGCUGAAGGAUCAGGAUCCGGUGCCGAAUCAGUAACCGAAUCUGGAUCAAGAAUCUCUGAAGAGACCAUCGAGUCGCUUGGAUUUACUUGGAUGCAACAUUUCCCAUCGGAGUGA